AACAAACAUGGCUACUACUUAAAAUACUAUCCAUCAGAAAAGUCAUUUGAUUAUCAUGGAACGUAAAAUUACAUGAUUUACUAGGCCAGAUUACGGAUAUUCAGAGUGCAGCCAUGAAAAAGUUUAACAAGAACAGCAUGGAACCGGACCCUGAUGAAAUUUUACACCCUGGGCUAGAGUCCCUGGACUGGUCUAAAGAACUUGAGGAAAAGGCUAAAGCUAAACGUCCAUCAGCCAGGUAUACCAAAUUCUCAGAGCACGCCCGAUCCAUGAUCUCAGGGGAGAAACAGUGUGCUCUUUUCUGUGGGGGGAAAAAAUGCAAGUAUUGUAGGUCAGAGAACUGGACGCCAGACCAAAUGCACAUAGAUGGACUUUACUCAAACUGGGUGACAGAUAACAUUCUUGCAAUGGCUAGACCAUCAACAAAACAAAUUAAAGAACACAAUAUCAUACAGCAGUUUAAAAAAAAUGACAUCAAGAGUGUGUUGAACCUCCAAAAGGCAGGGGAACACGCAGACUGUGGGGAGGGGCUGGAGAAGGCAGGGUUCUCCUAUGACCCCCAGCUAUUUAUGGACAAUGGCAUUUUCUUUUACAAUUUUGGAUGGCCAGACUAUGGGGUUGCUGCUCUCAGCACUAUACUGGACAUGGUCAAGGUCAUACAGUUUGGGGUGUCCGAGGGAAAAGUAGCUGUCCACUGCCACGCUGGUUUAGGACGGACUGGUGUUAUUAUUGCCUGUUAUUUGGUAUACACAAACAGAAUGAGUGGCUCAGAAGCUAUCCAUUAUGUUAGAGUUCGAAGAAAAGGAGCCAUCCAGACUCGAGGCCAGAUGCAAUGUGUACAGGAGUUUGAGCAGUACUUGAAACCAUUUCGAGUGGUCUUUGCUUCUAGAUCUCCAGGUUCCCACGAGUUUACUCUCAUGCAGUACUUAAAUCGCCAAAGGCACAUGCUUCAUGGAUAUGAAGGGAGGAAACUUAAACAUGUACCAAAGGUCAUAUAUGUUGUGUGUGAAAAACUUCUUCAGUUGGCUAAUUUGGGACAGUCCCUUAGUAAAUUUGGCUCGAGUCGACGGACCACACAGGGCAGUAUGAUAUCCAUGCAAAGUGAAGACUCAAAAACAGAACAAAGUAAGCGGAGUGGGUCAGAUGUUUCUAUCAAAGCUUCAGUGCAGAAUGGCAAGGACUCCUCACAAAUUGCUAAAAGGGAGGACAUGCCUAGGGUGGACUCCAAAAAGUCUCUGCAAUCCCUGACAUCUUCAAAACCACCACUAUUAAAACAUGGUAGUAUAAGUAUGGAGGAUCUUAGUGAUGAAAACUUAAAAACUGUUCUUAAAGUCGGGAAAAAUAAUGACUCAGACAGUAAUUCAUCACGUGAGCCAUCCUUUACCUCGAGACAGAACAGUGAGAUAGCUGAGACAUCUUCCACAGAUGAAUUACUGAGUUGCACCAAUGUGGUUUUGUCUGUUAAGGAGGUGGUAGAUGCUUUAGGGACAUCAGAAAUCUCAGAAGAACAGUUCAACCUGGCAGAGAAUUUAGAGACAAAGUUAAAUGAGAGUGAGGAUGCUUGGCAUGACUUGGUCCUGGAAAAUGACCCUGUUGUUCUGGCUCAGGUCAUGUGGGAUUGGCUGGAUCAUCUUAAGGUGCCUGCUCUAAGAGCCCAGGAUCUGAAUUUGAUCUCUCAGUUCUCAGAUGACCCAGACACUGGAUUACAGAAGUUAGAAAAAGGCACAAGAUAUACUUUGGAGUAUCUCAUCAAGGUAAUUGGAAAACUGAAACCAAUGGACAAGCUUACAGAAAACAAUGUCAUGGAGAAGCUUCUGUCAUACAUGACACAUCAGUGGGUGACAUUAUCCGACUCCUCCACAGCUGGUAGUAUGGAUAGCUGGUCAAUGUCCACACGAAACAGUGACAGCGUUGAUGAAGACCAUCACUGGGGGACCAUGAAAUAUGGCAUGUCUGCAAAACUUCAUGCCUUUGUCAGGAAUAUCCAGCAAAGUCUUGCCAAGGAUGUAAAGAGCUGAUCAUGACCAACAUUUUUACUUAUUUUCACUAAUCAAGUCA